AGUGUGAGAGGCGGGCUGAGCAAGUUGUCAGUGUCAAUGUUCCUCUCGUACGUUGUACUCUCACACCUCCCCACUCUAACGAAUUAAUGAAAAUGUGAAAGUGCUUUUGUGAUUCUGUUUAGAUAUUAAGAUUGUGUUCAAUUGAUUGUAAAUGAUUAAUUAAUGAUAGUGACGCCUACAGAGGAGGCUUUCAGUGUUAUGAUGUGAGUGUACUGAUGUGAUUUUUAGCACAUCGCCGACGGUCCAAAAUGGCAUCAGACUCCGUAGAGGAACUCAUGAACAGCGCCCUGGUGACAUGGGUGCGGACGUUCGAGAGCGACGGUGGCGGUGGACUGACGUAUGCAGCUCUGGCCGACGGUGUCUUCCUGUACGACGUGAUGCUACACCUGGAUCCCCGGGAAGUUUGUGGUCGUCAGGUGAACCGCCACCCGACCGACCCUGCCGCCCGCCUCGCUAACCUCGCCGCCCUUCUUCAGCACAUAAAAACCUUCUACCAGGAGGUGCUGACGCAGACUGUAGUGUUGAGAUUGCCUGACGUGGUGAAGCUCUCCCGUGCUGGGGAGAGCCCUGCUGGGGUCCAGGAACUGCGACACCUGCUGUUACUGGUGCUGGGCUGCGCUGUACAGUCCCCCAGGAAGGAGGACAUCAUAGACAACAUCAAGAAACUCGACCUCGACACUCAACACUGCAUCGUUGAGUGUAUCAAGGAGGUGACUGAUAACCCCGAGGCAGUAUGGCCGACGGAGUGGACGCAGGUGGAUGCGGUACCUGAGGACCAGGUGGCUCACGUGUUCACCACUCUGGUACAACAGUGUCGACGCCUGGCUCACGAGAGGGACACCUACAAUCAGGAGACUGGACCACUACCUCUGUUGCCAACCGCAACAGUCUGGUUGAUGAAGCAGUCAACAAGGAAGUUUGACCUCAAGGCGGGCUACGAAUGUAGAAGAACUCUUGGAAAUGGCCACAGGUGUGUCACAGGUACGAGGAAAUUGAACGCUACGUAUCGCUGUUUCCAAACUAAACAGGGAGAAGCUGAAAGUGAGGAGAAAGCCGAGAGUUUGGCCGAAUACAAGGAUGAGUUGGACCAAACCAAGAUCGUGGUGGGCAAGCUACGGCAGGAGAAUGUCGAGUUGGUACAAGAUGCACGUGCAGCAAGAGCAUGGAGGGAUGAAGCUGACAUCUUGCGGGAGCGAGCCAGCCGUGUUGACGCCCUUGAGCAGGAGGUGGCUCGAUAUCGAGACAAGAUGGCUGACAUAGAAUUUUACAAGACACGAGUUGAGGAGCUACGUGAAGACAAUAGGAUCCUGGUGGAGACCAAAGAGAUGCUGGAGGAGCAAUUAGCUUCCUCGCGACGGAGAGCAGAACAAGUGCUGGACCUAGAAAACAACAUUCUUCAACUAAAGCAAACCAUAAAUCAGAUUACUAUUGAACGUGAUUCUGAUAGGGAAAGAUUACAGGAAGUUAUGGAGGAAAAUGCUCAGUUGCAGCUCAGCACCAAAAACUCUCUCAGUGAAUCCGCCACCCUUGUUGCUCAGCUGGAUAACCUUAAGUCCCAGCAACCUUUGAAUGGCUCUAGCGUAGGCAGUGAUCUCAUCGGUGAUGCUCAGGCCAGAGUUCUCAAACUACAGCUUGAAAACCAAAGACUUGAAGCUGAAAAUGAGCAGUUAAAGCAUGGCUCUCUUCUUGCUUCAACAGACAAGCUGUUAGAACUAGAACUGGAGAAUAAAAGACUUUCUCACAAGGUAAUCCAGUUACAAGAGACUAGUCAAAAGGAGCGAACACACUUAUUACAAUCACAGGAAGAAUCUGAGAAGCGACAUCAAGAAACUCAGCGCUUGCAUCAGACUCUGAAUACUGUCAAGACUAACUCUCAGCGACAAAUUGAUGAACUUCAGCAAGAAAAUACACAGCUUCUAGAACUGAUAGAAAGUCUGCGAGAGAGACAAAAGAAGACAACAGAUGCAAGACUGCUGGAUGUUGAGACAGAAAACAAGAAACUUACAGAUGUUAAUCUUCAGUUUCAGAGCCAGGUUUCAAGACUGGAAUAUGAGAAGCAACAACUGAAUAGAUUGACAGAGCGUUUGAGAGAAUCUGCAGACAGACUUUCAGAGGCUGAACAUCAAAAGGCAGAGCUGGAGCGAGAAAAUCGGGACCUUCAUAAGGCAAUUGGGGCCUUUCGUGAGAGCUGUGAACGUCAUGAAACCUUAGAACGUGACUAUGCAAGCCUGGAGGUAGAAUUUGCAAGAGUGUCUAAAAUGCUAACCAACAUGAAAGACACAGUAGCUAAGCUUGAAAGUGUACAGAGCGAGAAACUACAAAUGCAAACUGAAGUGGAACGACUCAACCGAUCUAUGGAUAGCCUCAAGUCAUUGUCAGCGCGUAUCAUUGACUUGGAGUCUGAGAAGGAGGCACAACAUCAGCAGAUUAAUCUCUUACAAAAGCAGUUGGCUACUUUGAAAGCUGAGAGAAGUCGAGCUGAACAGUUGGAACUUGAUCUUCUGACUGCUGGCAAUGAAGUACAAAAGAAAAAAAGAUCACUAGAUACUAUUCAGAAGAAACUUGCAGAAACAGAGAAGGAAAGAAGUGAGCUAGAGAAUGAAAAUUCCAAGCUCCAGAGAACAGUCGAAACACUCAAGCUAUCUACCAAGAAGCUCAAUGAACUGGAGAGAGAUUUGACGGAAAUGGAGGGCACCAAUGAUCGUCUAGAUCGUGAAAAUAAAUCCCUUCAAAAAGAGGUUUCAAGACUACGUAGUGCCAUGGAAGUGAAGGAUGGCCUUAUUGAUGAAGCUGCAAGUAAAACUUCAACUCAAGAGCGUGAUAUUAAGAGACUCAACAAAGAAGUUGACCAACUUAGAGGAAGUGAUAAUAGAGUACGUGAAUUAGAGAAGGAGAAGAGAGAGUUUGAACAGCUGAUGAUGACAGAACGCAAAACCCUCAAUUGCUUAAGGGAAGAUUUAGUUGCAGAAAAGGUACGAACACAGCAACUCGCCAAUCAACUUGACAGUCUAACCUCAGACCUAGCCAAGCUUGGUCUUAAUGCUGAUAAUCUUACUGCUCCAGUUUCUGACAGUGACAAUGACCGUUACAAAGCUUUAGAAUCAAUGCUUGAGGAAACACUGAAGCGGAGUGUGGAGGUUCGUGAGGAGAAGAUUGUAUCUCUAGAAUCUCGUCUUGCCGAGUCUGUGAGCAGAAAUAAAGACCUUCGUAACCAUCUACUAGAGGUAAAAAGUGAACUUGAAUCACUUAGACAACGACAUCAAGAAGAAGAUGCCAGCCUAAGUGAAGACGUAUCAAAGGAAGUUGCAAAACUUCGAGAUGCUGUGUACCGCAGCAAUGAGGAGAAGGGAAGUCUUGAAAGUGAAAUUAGUGAGCUCAAGUGCCAAACUGCCAGCUACCGAGACCAGGUGUGUGCACUACAGUCUCAAGUGACAUCCUUGUCCAACCAGAACACAGUCAUGUCUCAGCAUAAUGCAAAGUUGCAAGGAGAGAAUGCUCGUCUACAAGUGGAAAAUACUACAUUACAGUCACAAUCAGCAUCACUCAUAGCUCAGAACUCGGCUUUACAAUCUUCAGCCACCCAAAGUGAUGCAGAAAGAGAAAAGGUGCGUCGUUCUUGUGAAGAGCGUGGCAGUAGGCUGUCUCGGCUGGUUUCUGAUCAUGAGGCUCUACAGCGUCUCCACCAGCAGUUGACAAGAGAAUAUGACAGUCUUGUACUAGAGCAUAAUAAUCUCAAAACAACCCAUAAAAACUUAAAGCAUGAGCAGAAGGAAUUAAAGGAACGUCAGAGUGAUAUGUCUGCUAGUGAAGAUGAGCUUCUAAAACUCCGGGAAGCCUUGGAAGAUGAAAUGUCCAAGCUGAAAGCCGAUUCUACCUCACUGGCAAAUUUACGAAGUGAGCACUCCAGACUCAAGGAUGAUUUCCGGAGCCUAUUUUCUGCAAAUGAGAAACUACGAACAGAGUAUAAGUCUCUACAGAGUGACUAUAAGACUGUCAAAACAGAGAAUAACACUGUGAAACUUAGGUUAACAGAACUUCGAGGAGAACUAAAUGAUGCUCGAGAUCAGAUGGCAGCUUUAGAUGUUGAAGUUUCAAAACUCACCAAUAAAUGCCAGGUGCUUCAGACUUUAAACAUGACACUCGAGGAGGACAGACGAUCCCUUAUGUCACAGGUGUCCCUCCUCUUGACCCAGUACCAUGACCUCCUAACUCAAACAUUAGAAGACAAACAGCAUUUUCAUCAAGAAGAGAAAAAUUUCACUGACAAGCUGAAUAAUCUACGUCGUGGGAAGGAGAAACUAGAGGAGAAGAUCAUGGAGCAGUACCGUCGUAUGGACAACUCUCCAUCCAAGAAGUUGUCACCGGGCUGUGUGCCGUAUUCGAAAGGUUUUGGCUCCAAUCUGGUUCGCCGUGUGAGAAAAGCGGGGACUGAGCUCAUCAACAAAGUACCUCGGACUGGUCGCUCAAGGUCUCGUGGCCGUGAAGAGGGGGGGGAGAGUCCGGACUCAUCAUCACUGGGGUCUUCAUCACAUGCCAAUGAUUCUAUGGAUUCUGGUUCAGAGACUCGUCGAUCAUCACCCAACCUGCCACCUUCCCCAUCACAUGAAGGAGAGGGUGGAGAACUAAGAACACCAGGAAAUUUGCAAAUAUCAGAUCAGUAUAGAAAAAGUUUACCCCCUGCACUCAGUGAUAACUAUGUCUCUCAAAUUCUCAGAGGUUCAGUAUCAUCUGAAGAUGUAGGAAGUGUACGCUCAGGUGAUGCCAGUGAUAGUCAUCAAGAGGACUCUCUCUCCACUGUAACAGCUGGUAGUGGAACUGGUGAACUAAGCCGUGCUGGUUCUCGCCGCCCUGUAUACCUCAUGGAAGAUUCAGAUUCCAUACCAACUAGAGAUGUUGGACCUGAACUUCUACAAGAUAACCAGAGUCGUGGUCGAGCAUCAUUUCGCAGCUCAUCCUCUGCAUCUCUAAGCCAGCAGGUGAUAAACAGGAGUUACAAUGGGGUUCAUAGCAGCCUUCCACCUUCUACUCCCAGUACCCCAACACCAGGAGCAGCUCCACAGGCAUCAACACCCAAGAUUGGUGUUCGGAGAGAACGAGCUGUAGAUGAUGACAUCCCAACCACUCCUCGCCUACCACCCCGUGCAGAUCAUGCAUCCAGUGCACCGCAGGUUCCCCCCAGAUCUCGUCGUGGUUCCAGCAUAAUCCAACCAGAUUCACUUAUCUCUAGUCACUCAUCACCUGCUGACAUUCCUGACCUGAAACCUCCAAAACCUCCACCACGACCACCACCUACAGAUGAUAUGCCUUUAAAAACUGGGAAAGAUAUUGUGGAUAAUUCUGUUUGGUACGAGUAUGGAUGUGUGUAAUAUGCUGUUCUUGCUAGUGGCACAAGGAGUGACCAACUGGUAGUGAAAAAUCUGUUUUGUGGAUUUAGCAACAGAUGUUAAAAAUGUAAUGAGAUUUUAAGUAGAAAAAUUACUCUUUACAGAAAUAAAAGAAACUGUGUAAAUACAGGACUCAGAGUUGAUAUUGAUGCUUUUUAAUACAGGUACUGAAUUGGAACUGAUUUUGUUACCUGAAUUUAUGACUAGGUUUUAGUAAAAACCUAUCAUUUCAAGAUGCAAAACAUAUGGUGCAUGUUUCAGUGUAGUGACAUCAGAGUUGGUGGUAUUGACAGAACUCUAGUAAUGAAAGACAACCUUAGCUGAUCUCUAAGUUAUGUCAUCUGUUAAGCAGAUCAGUAUUUUUUUUAUUGGUACUACUGCAGUUCCCUUUAUACUGCUUUUGUGAUUUAUUUGUACAUAUUUCAAAAUGCACAACAAUUUAUUUGUACAUACAUUUGUGGUAAUUUUUUGUAUGAGCCUACAUAAUUUGAUUUUUCUAUGUUAGUAGAGAGAUCUACUUGUAUGUUACAUGCAUAUCAUUUUCAUUUCACUUAAAUUUUUUAUCAUCAAAAUCUAGAAUAAUCAUUCAUUUAAAUGUGAAAACGUCAUAUAUCGAAUCAAUCCUGUGAUGUCCUGUGGCUUGCUAGGCUGUUCCUGGAGAUUUAAAGCUGCACUAACAGUAUUACUCCAUUGACCAGUGUUUUAGUAAUUAGAGUAAAUUUUCAAAACUUACUAAAAGGUUUUUGUUUGGUGCUCAUUAUUGUACAUCCGGUGCAUAUUUCUCAAGAGUUAAUGUAGCAUCUUACUGGUAAGUUUACCCACGACAUUAUUACAGUAUUGCUCCUGUCUAAACUUGGCAUUACACUGGAUAAGAAAUAUUUGAAGGGUAUAUGGAGUGCUAUUGUGCAAUACAGUUUUAUCUCUUGGUGUAGGUGAUGUUAGCUUGUUCAGUCGAGAUGUGCGUUUGUAGUGUUCAGUAUUGUCACUUUUGUGGCGUAUUUGUGUAGUGCAUAAAGCAGGCUGAAACUCAUGAAGUAAACACACACUGUUUAUUUCUUAAUAUAAUAUGAAGUAGCAAAAUCAAGAAAAUAAAAAAUUGUGCUUUAAAUUUUUUGUGAAAUCUCUGCUUUACUGAAAUGGACUGGUUCUAAUGGUGCUUGCCUAGAUUACAUUGGCAAAAAAAAAAAAUGCAAGGUAAAUGUCAUAACUGUUCAGUAUUUUUUUUUUUAGGAAAAUGGGCAACUUUUAAUUGAAUUUUUCUCGCCAAAUAAAAUUUAGUAGUAUAGUAUUGUUUCCGAACAGUGUGACCUAAAGGUAGCACAAGUUUAGAGUGGUGUUCUGUUAUAUAUGGAUCUUAUAUUUUUAAUAGAUAUCAGUCACCUGCAGUAAAUUAGAGUAAUUAAAGUUCAUCAUAGUCAUCAGUGACAUUAUUAUAAUAAAAAAGCAGCACUAAAUCUACAAGGGUCAUACAGUGCAGGUAAGAGACAAUAAUAAGUGGUUAUUGAAAGCUGUCUGGUUCAACACGAGUGUAAAAUCAGUGAAGUAUAUAAAACUUUUUUUCAUGAUCAUAUUACUAAGGAUAAUGACAAAUCACCUGAGCAGUGUAACACUUAAUCGUUCAGAUAUUGUAUAUGUAAUUGCAUGUGUCAAUACUGUAAAGUCUGAUUUUUUUUUUUUUUUAACUAUGCAUUACUUGACUGUUCUUGGUUGAGAUACUUUAACAUUUCUUGUUCAGCUUAAACUACUGAAACAUUACAGGGCAGCAUGAAUUAAAAAAAAAAAAUCUGAAUGUAAAAGUGUGUUUUAUUUUGGUUAUACUUGAUAUAUAGCUAGUAGGUUGGUAGACAGUGACUACCCAGGAAGGUGCUACUCUCCUGUUAAAUGUUUCUGACAAGAUUCCUGGUCUUUUUUGUUUGAAACGUGUAGGCUGACAGGUAAAUCUUACAGCUACUAAUUUUCAUUAUACACUACCCAUGAAUGUGUAUACAAACUUAUCCUAUUUUUUUUUUCAAAUUCCAUGGGAAAGUGGGUUAGAAUCCUUCAACUAGAAGUCAUGCAUGUUAUAGAAGGGCACUAAAUUAGAUUACAUUCAUGGGGAGUGCUAAACUCAAAGGGUAAUGGGAGGGAAGUACAGGUUCAAUUUCUUAGAUCAAGAGCCCUGCACUAGUAUUAGGAAACCUUUCUUGAGGGGAGAAGGCAACUAGAAUGCUGGGAGAAAAAUGACUGCCAGCAAAUGUUACUGGUGUGACUUCUGGGAGAGCAAAUAAAAUGAAUGCAUGGGAAGUUUA